AUGCGGUACUUCUCACUUCUUACUCUAAUUAUCUUUAUCUUCUACUAUGGGCAGUGCCUAGCAGCUCCAGUGGAAUACAACCGAGAUGUUGGCGCCAUUACACUUCUUGGCAGAGACUCUACAAAUGCGACAACAACAGCGACAGAUAAUACAUCUGUAUCUAAGGCUACCGCGACGAACACUCAGACUGAAGUAACAGCGACGGCUUCUACAACAAAGACAUCAGCUUCUGAUGCAAGCAAAACUACUGUCGCAUCAUCUGUUCCGUCAUUAGAGAAUGGAUCCAGCAACCAAUCGGUGCUAAAUCAAACAACGAUCUACUCCAAUGGCCUCCCCAUUCAGCCCAAAGUGACACCGGCUUUGGGAGUGGGAGGUGUGAUACUGCUGGCCAUAGGGCUUGUCCUGGCAUUCAUUGGGAUCCGGAAACCAAGGGUCCAUAUAUUCCUAUCGACGGGACUUCUCGCAGCACUAGGUACUACUCUUUUGAUCAUAUAUGUGAUGAGCCCUCCAGUGAGUGAUGGCGUACAAGGCGGCUACUUAGUCGCAAUAUUCUUCACAGGACUUGUCUUCGGCGGCGUAGCAAUUCUCUUCAAGGAUCUCACCGAAGGACUUUGUUGUCUUCUUGGAGGAUUCUGCAUCGGGAUGUGGCUGAUCACUCUGAAAUCUGGAGGUCUAGUGACGAGUAGCGGACCAAAGGCCGCGUUUAUAAUCGUCUUUGCGGUGGCAUUUUUCUGUCUUUCGUUCAGUCACUAUACUCGCGCAUACGGAUCAAUUGUCUGCACUGCUUUCGCUGGCUCCACGUCGCUGGUGCUUGGGAUUGACUGUCUCAGCCGGACAGGCUUGAAGGAGUUCUGGCUCUAUAUCUGGGCUUUGAACGAUGACGUGUUCCCCUUGAAUACGACAACUUACUCAGUCACUCGUGGUAUACGCGUCGAGCUUGCCGUUACCAUCGUUGUUGCAGCUCUGGGUGUGAUAGCCCAACUGAGAUUGUGGAGAGUGAUCAAAGAACGUAAGAUCAAGGAGGAGGCUGCUCGGAAAGAGGAAGAGAGGAAAAAGGAGGAGGCCGAGGCUGAGACGACUCGACUGGUAGAGGAAAAGAACAUCCGCGAUCGUGUUGAGUGGGAAAAUAUGUACGGUCAUGGCUGUGCAAGUGACAGCAAAGAUGACAACAAGGAGCCUUCUUUAUCCGAAACGGCGGUUGCCGACUCGAGGAGAGACUCAGGCUCAGACGCCUUGGAGUCUUCUCAUCGCGACAAAGAGGAUUCUGUCGAGAUGCACGAUAUGGCUAGUCCUCGCCAAUCAGCUAUUGUAUCUGAAAGUGGGAAUAACACCCUGUAUACUGUGGAGGAAUCAACAGCCGAAGAUGUUGAGAUGCCAAAACAGCAAAUCGAAGGCAAACCAAAUGAUCUACAAGAACACACAGAUCCAGAACCCGCACGACCGAUCACUCCUGCAUCACGGAUAGUGGUGGCAAUAGCAGACCCGGAAAUUCACGAUGAGAAUGAAUCAGAACAUGGAGCUGUUGUUGGAUCAGAGAUUGGAACACCUCGUUCGAAGCGAUUCUCUAGUCGAUCAAUUAUGAACCGCAUGUCUUGGAGAUCCAGUAAUAGCAUGAAUCUGAGAUAUCACCAAUCUGAAGAAGCUCUUAUUGCACCUGUCGACUCGAAUUCUUCUGUGCAAGGAUUUGUUGGUGAUAUUCAGAGUAUAAGCUCUCGCCGCUCGAGUAUUUCUGACAUUGGUAACGACACUGAGCACCAAAUGGAAACUCCAGACACGGAAAGAUCUUCCAAAUUAUUCUCAGAAAAUAAAUCCGUUUCAGGAGAGACUGAGUUGGGACUGGAGUCUUUCGAAAAACUGGUCACUGGAACAAAUUCGACCGUUGAUGAAAAAGCACAUGAUGGAAAUAUCACUUCCAGGACUGAAACUGAAGCUCAAGAGCACCAAAAUGAAGAGUCUGUGGAUCAGGGGACUGUCAAUUUUCAAGAGACUGGAGAGCACAGCUCUCAGGCUGACAACUUUAAUGCCCCGAUCGCUCAAGUCGAAGUGAAGAGCCCUGAUUCUAAGCAGCAAGAAUCACAAUCAGAGCUCGAAAUGACAGAGGCGGUAGAGACGGCCGAUAAGGAUACUGAAAGCCAUGCCCUUGAAGAGAAAACAGACUCUGUUGAUACUGCUGAUGCUCCUGCUGAGGGUGCAGUAGUUGAGAACUCUCCAGCAAACGCAGAGCAGGUUGGACCAUCCGAUAAGAAAAAUCCUGAACCUGAACCUGAACCUGAGCCUGAGCCUGAAGCGGAGCCAGUAAAGAAAGAGAAACCAAAGCUGGAUAAAACGACUGUGCAGAGUAUUCCCGAGCAGACAUCACGGAUAGUACACUCUUUCAGGACGAGGGAAUGGGCAAAGCAUCUAGCGGAUGCAGAUAUGCCCGACAUCGAACCUAUUCAAUUGGAGAAGGAGAUCCAGAGCGAGGGAAAUGACGAGGAAGCUCCAGCCCCUGUCAACUUGGAUAGCCUACUGCAAACACCUCUCAAUGCGCUACCCCCGCCAGUCGUGAACAAACCCUAUCCCACGGAGCCGACGAGACCUGAGCCAACUCGACGACGAUCUCAAAGGUCAUCUCUGGAAUAUGAAGAGCUGCCAAGAUCAUCGUCCAGAACUGGAGGCAAGAGUUCAGUCCCCGCCCGAUCUUCGCCAAUACUUCCUCGAAACUUUUCCUCGAGUUCCCUCGUAUCACGAGUGCGCGAGAACUCAUCUCCUACAAUGCGCCGUAGCACAUCCUCUCCAAUUAUGGACAACAACAACCCAAUUGAUACUAGGCAAACAUCAGAUUCAUCGCCUUGGAAGGGGCCACCUCCCCUCAUAGCGGUGCGGGAAAACAUGAUACGGAACCGUAUAUCUUCAACAUCUCUUCGCCAUGACCCGUGGGCUGCGCCACCAAGAAGCCAGUCCCGACAAUCUCCAGUCAAUCAAAACCGAAACAACAUAACCUCAAUCCUCUCCGCUCCCGACGAGAGAGACGAAGAAAGUAUCGCAGCCUUUUCGGAUGAAGAUGAUGUGCCACUUUCCAAGCGACGGGCUUUAUUACAGCAACAAGGGCGAAAAAUAUCAUCUGGAAGUCAUCCAAGAGUUGAGACCUCUCGAUCACAGAAUGCGGCUAAUCCAGAGAGAUCCGCGGCUGUCAUGGCGGCGUGGCGACAAUCUGUGCGACAGGAUAUCUCGCACGGGCGAGACUCCCUGUCAUCCAGCUCACCUGCCAUUACUGAACGACCGCGUGUUCAGCUCAGCUCUGUAAAGCAAGCGCGCGAGGCCUCGGCUGCCUAUAUUGAUAGUGCUAUUGCCGAGGGGAUGCAGCGUGGAAGUAUGACAGACCUCCACCGUAAAACCCUUCGACGGAUGCAAGCUUCGACGAAACAUUCAUAG